GUUUGCGGCUUGAAAUGGUCUCCAUGUAAGCAGUACCUGGCCUCUGGGGGUGAUGACAAUCGCUUGCUUGUUUGGGACUUGCGUUCCCUUUCACCUGUCCAGGACUACACUGAACAUUCAGCAGCAGUGAGAGCUAUUGCAUGGUCCCCACACCAUCGUGGGCUCCUGGCAACUGGUGGCGGUGCAACUGAUCGGUGCAUCCAUAUCUGGGACUCGCUCACAGGACAAGCAGUGAAGCGUGUGGAUACUGGGUCUCAGGUUUCUAAUGUCGCCUGGUCAAAACAUUCCCAUGAACUGGUGAGCACCCAUGGCCACUUCCAAGACCAGAUACGUUUGUGGAAGUAUCCGGGCUUGACACAACUUGCGAGCCUCACUGCCAACUUUGCCAGAGUUCUCUACAUGGCAGAGUCACCAGAUGGGCAAGCAGUUGUGACUGGUUUUGCAGAUGAGACACUCCGUUUCUGGAAUGUGUUCAGGAAACGUCAUUCUCAGAAGGAGAACCACUCGCCCCUGGAAUUGUAUAACGGCAUCCGCUAAGAGGUCUUCAAUAGUCCACUAGUUUUUGUAAAGUUAUGUUAUACAGGGUGAAUCAUAUAGAACCAGCCCGAUGAAUUUGCUAAUAAUUCCGCAGGUGAUGCACAUAACCGCUCA